UACCAUAUGACCUGCUCUUUAAAGGAUGAUGAUAUAGUACUAUUGGGAAUUAUAAUUUUAAUGAAUAGAUGGGAUAAAAUGAAAAGGGCUUUGAAAUGGUGUAGAACAUGUUUCAAACAAACCAUCAUAGUAAACUCGGAAUAGCUAAUUAUCUGUUGCAAAAUGUUUAUUUAAAAAUAAUAAACAUGAAAAAAAGGGUUUAUGAGUAUAUAAAGACUAUUGAGAGUACAGAGAGUUUAUUUAUUGGCAUUUUUGAUGAGCCAUGAAUCUCUUCCAGGACUCGGCAGUGAUGAUUCGGGAAAUCGUUGGCCCAUUGAUUGGGAUGAGUUUUGGAUGGUUUCUUGAGCUGGCGAAUAGCUGGCCGCAAACCGUAGAAAGACUCUGGAUGAACCGAAAAAUCCUACGAGCUUUCGUGGAGAGAGAUGGAGUUGAGAAAUGCCUAAUGCAUGAGCUUCCUAGAAAUCAAGAUCCUCUUUCUAAAUGGGAAAUGAGAAAAUUGUUAAAAGUAACACUGAUCAGAAAUAGAAAAAUGUAUUUGAUGUGUAUAUUAAGAAAAUGUAUAAAAGUGAGAAGAUAGGGACUCUCCUAAUGAGAUGUGUUGAAAAUAGAGUUCCAAAGGAAGAAUUUAGAAUGAGAGGAAUUAUUGGAAAUGUGGAAACUUCAAAAGGGUGAUGUCGCAUCUGGUGAUUCUUCUUUAGGAAUAAAGUUUCCCAUUUGCAAUAUUCACAAUCGAUUCUCACUCGGUAACUGUGAUAAUGAACCAGGUAUAAAUUUAAUUUGACGAUCUUCUUGUAGAAGGUAUUCAGAGGAACUGGGACAAAGAAGUCAAAAGACAAAAUAAGAAGGAGAAACAGAGGAAAACGACAGGACCUCAACUGAUGGAACAACAGGAGAUUGUUUUUAGAAUAAGAAGAACAAUUCAACUUAUGCGAAAACAGGAGGAUUUGAAUAAGAAAAUUAUGAGAAUGCUGAAAGAAAUGAUUGAGUUGGUAAACUUUUAUUUGGAGUUGCAAUCUCUCGCAAAUGAUAUCAGAGCUUUAAGACUGCAAACAGAUACCACAAAACCUGUAAAGCCUUAAAAGGUAGAAAUGAGAUAUACAUUCUGUUAGAGUUUGCUCAUCAGUUAAAACUGCCACGUAUGUAUGCUUUUUGCUAACUGUAUUUUGAGUGUACAAGAAAGUGCAUUUUGCAACAGCGUUGCAGGAUGGACCUUCUUUCUUAAAAGCUUAGUAUGGUAAUUUGUUUUAUCUUAUCUUAAAAGAAAUGAUGCUAUGCAGUUUAGAAAUAGUUAUUUGCCAAAGCCUACACCUUAAGAGGUUGUAAUUGUUUUAAAACUAGAGAUAGAUUAACUUGCUUUAAUGAAAAAGAUGCUGCAAUUACUUCAUCUGAACCUGUGCCACUGAGAGUUUGCUACUAGGUGUAGGGUCAUGCUUCCUGUAACUAUGGCAACCUAGAUACGUGUGUGUGGGUGAGUGUGUUCACCAAAAGAGAAACCCAGAAGAGAGAGGUGUUGGGUUGUGUGACUAUGAAACUUUAGGGUUGGAACACAUUCACCACCGCAAUUCGGGGUGAAGACUUUACGCUAUUUACUUUUACUGUUAUUUGCUUGAGUUAUUGUUUUUAAUAAAGCGAAACCAUUUCCUAUGGUGAUGCGGUAAACUUCUUUUAAACAAAUCUCUGAGUAAUUUAUUAAAAGUAAAGUUAUUAUUUUAUUCCUGAACCUGCAUUACGAAGUUCCACAGCGGCAAGGACUAAACUGAGCUGAUCUGGACUCUGGUGGGAAGAAGUAUUGAAGCCUCUAUUUCAUCUGAUACAUAACAGAGAUGGAGUCUACAGUGUCUGCAACCAUCUUCAUCACUUUCCCAAGGGAUAAAUUUAAACCAAACAUGACCAACAUAACUCAAGAUCCCUGUGGACCUACAGAGGUCUCAGCCCACCCUGCUUUCAUAUUUGCAUACUCACUAGUGUUUCUCGUCAGUCUGGUGCUUAACUGCAUCACAAUGCGGGUUUAUUUCUGUUCCAAUCAGCGUGUCCAGUCCAGCGUCACGGUCUACAUGAAGAACCUGGUGGUAUCUGACUUCUUCCUUUGUCUUUGUUUACCUUUGCGCAUUGCUCACAAUGUUACCUAUUCCAUAACAAUGCGCAAGAUUUACUGCAGCAUUGGAGCAACAGCAUUCUAUGUAAACAUGUAUGCAAGCAUUCUCUUCAUGGACAUUAUUGCUGCGAACAGGUACCUGAAGAUUGUCCGGCCACUGGAGACUCAUGCUCUACAGACGGUUCGUACUGCGCGCCACAUUUCCAUAGGAACUUGGAUUUCCUUGUUAGCCGUGUCUUCCGUCUACCUGAUCUCCUUCCUUCAGACAUCCUGGGUUCAGGAUCAAAAGCUUAGCUGUGAGUCCAUGCACAGUCACAAGCUCAGUGUGGUCUACAAAAUCAUCCACUGCGUGUCCUUUGCAGUCUUUGCGUUUGUGCUUGUGUCUCUGGUUUUUCUUUAUUGGAAAACUCUGCAAAAGAUCAAAAAAGCCCAGCUGUCAACACAGACUGUAUCCAGCCGACAUAAGUUUAACAGGUCUAAGUGCAACAUGCUUAUUCUAGUGGUAGUUUUCUGUGUAUGCUUUGUGCCCUAUCACCUGGUGAGACUGCUUUACAUGUUCAGCAGCGACUGUUCAUUUAACAUCCUGAAGGAGCUGACUAUACUGCUUUCAGUGCUAAAUGUUUGUUUUGAUCCUCUAAUAUACUUUAUCUUCUGCAAGGCCUUUAGAGACCAGCUCAGGAAGAAAGAUUUGCAAAGAUCCAGUGAAAUUAAAACAUGAAACGCGUAAUGUCGUAGUUAUGUUCGGUUUUGAAUUUUCUCUCACUGCUGAAGUCUUGCUUGUCUGAGUUAGUCGUUUGUCACCAUAGUCACUGAUUUGAUUUUUUUUUAUUCUAUCGAGCUCUGUGUCAUUAUCCCACCUAGAAAAUUUUCAUGUUCUGGGAAUGUUUUCAGCGGCAAGUUUUAUUUUAGUUCCUAGAAUGUUCUGCUAAAAGGUAGGAUAACAUUCUUUAAAAACAUUCUAAACAUGUCUAUUGAUAACAUUGUUAGAACAUUAUCCUCUAACAUUCUAAUAAAGCUUCCCAUUACACCAGAUGUGGACUUACAUUGCUCAGAAGUCAAAUGUUUGAAAGUGAAAAUCCAACCUUUGUUUGAUGUCAAACUCCAGCGUAAAUAACUCCAAAAACAGUAUUACCAACUUCACUUAUUAUAAACAAGAUUGACUUUAUUUCUGUCAUAAAUUUAAAAAAGUUCUUA